GUAAAGCUGGGAAACAAUGCUAAGUCUUGUAAGAGAGAAACCUGUCCAUUUCCAUAGUCAUAGGAGAUUGCUAAGAGAAUGCAAGAACGGAGGCAUUGACCAUAGAUAUAGAAGACUUUGAAAAGUCCGAAACAGCCUCCUUCUGGGGAUUUAUUCGAUCUCUUCUUUUCCCAUUCCUACCACUAUUGAUGCACACAUCAGUUUUUCUUCUUCUUCUCUCUUUUUUAUUCAAGCUUGGAUUUUUGAGCCAAAAAGAGAUUGGCCCAGAUCAGUUUUAAACAAAAAAGUACCCAAUUCAGAAUCUUGGUCAAAUAUUUGUCUUUGUAAGGACCCAAAUCAAGAAAUUUAGAGGGCUUGAUUUCUGAUAGAAAAUUCAAUUGAGAUAAAAGGUCCAAGUAGAGGUGGGUGCCUUGAUUUUGAAAGACUGAAUCUUUGAAAAUGGCUGUGGUGCAAGAUCAGUUAGAGAUCAAGUUUCGAUUGACUGAUGGAUCAGAUAUCGGUCCCAAAACCUUUCCGGCUGCUACAAGUGUUGCAACCUUGAAGGAAAAUAUUCUUGCUCAAUGGCCUAAAGAAAAGGAGAAUGGUCCAAGGACAUUGAAGGAUGUCAAGUUAAUUAGUGCAGGAAAAAUACUGGAAAACAACAGAACAGUAGGGGAAUGCCGGAGCCCACUGUGUGAUAUCCCUGGUGGUGUUACAACCAUGCAUGUUGUUGUUCAGCCAUCUUCUGUAGAGAAAGGGAAGAAAGGGGCAAAUCAAGCAAAGCAAAGCAAAUGCGUUUGUGUUAUAUUAUAAUUUGCACCACCAAGAGCAGGAAUGACAUAAAGGAAGAGAGUUUGGUGCUGUUAUGAGAUAACAAAGUUAGCAAGUUGUGGAUUUGAUGAGAAGCAAUGACAUUAUGAACUUUUAUAAUAGAUCAUACAUAGGUCAGGUCAUACCCAACCCAUUUGGUAUACGAUGAUUGUAGUUAAGUCAAUUCAACUCUACUUUGAGGCAACUAAAUCUCAUAUUUAGUUGAAAAUUUCACACAGGCACGUAUCCCAGAUUUUACAUUUUGAAUUUGUGUCACCUUGUCAUGUUUCGGUCAUAGUUGUACAAUCUGAGUAGGUAUUACAAUUCAUGUUGGCGGUCAUCAUUUACCUAGUUGAAUGAUGAAAAGCUCAUGACUGUUCUGGAAUGCAAUAAAAUUCUUGUUUCAUUCUUGAUCAA